AUGGAUGCAUGGCCUGAGUCGGAGCCUGUGGGUGUAUCUACCACACCAGACAACAUGCCUGAGUGGAAGGAUUUGGAUUCCAUGCUGGGAUCGCCAAAGCCAUGGUCCAUGGUUGACAUGCCUGAUCUAUUUCUCACAAAUCUGAUCCAUGAUGUCGAUCACACUUUCACAGAUGACUCACUCACAGACUUUUCCAGCACUGUCGCUACAUCUGGUAGUGAGACAGAAAGCAGUCCUGGCGCUUUCCAGGAAUUUAUGAUGCGCCAUUCUUCUCCAGAGAGCCUCUCACAUUCGCCGCCGCCCCUUGUGCCCGGCAUCACGAGUCCUACACAGUUCACCAUUCCAUUACCUGAUACAGAGCGCUUGGAUCUUGCACCCCACGUUGCAGAGACAAACGAGCCUUUAACUGCAAGCUUUGGGCUUGAUCAAGUUCCUGUGACUUCCUACUCCCCUGCAUACAUGGAGAUGACUCUGGGCAUUUCGCCAGCGUCCGUCCAGCAUGGCGUGGAACCAGUUAAGCCGGUGGCAUCUACUGAGACAGUGCCCCCUGUAGCUUCGAUGUCCUCCAUGGCACUUACUUCUUCAAAGGCAUCUGAUCACUCGAAUACGCCCGUGCCGCCUGCAAUGCCUGCAGUGGCUACGAAGCCAGACAUUCAAGCUUCUAAGGCAGUGUCGACGCCAUCCGCCACAUCUGAAGAAACGAUUCUAGCGCCAUUGUGUAUGCAACCAGGGAGCAACCAUAAUGCCAUGAUGGCACUUUCACGCUUGCGCUCUGCCGUGCAUGAAAGCGAAAAGCAAAUACAAGCAAAGAAGGCCCCGUGUGCCAAGAUGCCUUCAGUUUCAGCUCCGUCACAUGAGAUGUCUAUCGCUUCCGCUACAACAACUUAUUCUGAGUCUGACGCACAGCAUCCAGGCCAACAUGCGCGCAAAAAUGCACAUAAUGCUAUUGAAAGACGGUAUCGCAGCAACAUAAAUGAUCGCAUCGCAGGUCUAAGAGACGUAGUGCCGGCACUUCGCGAGACGCGCCCGCGCAAUGGACGCCGCAAACGACGACGCGGAAAAACAGAAGACAUCGAACUGGUUGAUGGUGUGCGGGCAGCGACGAAACUAAGUAAAGCUACGAUCCUGACGAAAGCCACCGAAUAUAUUUGCUACCUGAAAUCGCGUGAGGUGCAAUUAAGCCGUGAAGUCGCUGGCCUUCAUAUGUUGCUUCGCAGUUUUGAGGGUGGUGAUGAGCUUCUGACCCAAUGGUCUGCUGAGAUGGAACGUUUGCACAAUCAGUACCCUCCGAUUGAGGCUGUGUACAGUGGUGUCGAAACACCACCGCCAACGUCACCAAACGCGUCAGCCACCGGUGUGACAGCAACGUCGUUAUCGUCGUCGUCAUCAUCGGCAUUUCCACGUGGGUCUCUCGAUGUUGAAGUGGAAGACGAUGAGUCUGCUGACGAGUCAGAUGAAGCCGAUGAUACGGAGUCGUUGUCGUCAGGCUCCGGUGGCGACCCGGUUCGUGCUACGAAAGUGGCACGAUACAUGUUUGGCGCAUUUGUGGGACUUUCGUUCUUCGGCCGCUCGGAUUGGGGCGAUCUAAGAAAUACCGAUGCAGAUCUGGCUUUGCUAAAUACAACGGCAUUAUCUGCGCCAGUAUCGACGUCGUCCUUGCCUCAAGCGCAUGUCAUGGGCGUGGGGCACCAGCUUUGGAAACGCUCGCUAAGUAUGGACCACAAACCUCGGCCUUACGAUGAUGUUCCAACAAGCGACCUGCUGUGGGAAGUCGCUCGUGGGUGCGUUUUGGUUACGCUCAUCGUAGCGGUGGUUUGCUCGAUGGGCACACACGCCCGGCGGUGGGCAUUGAAGCGUGGCUAUCUAACUGCUUCUCGAUUGCAGGAUACGUCCACUUUGUCGGAUUUGUUAUGCACACCAUUGGAGCAGGUUCGCUCGCCUCCUAUGCCGUUGACGCAAGCCAAGGUCACGUACGAACGACUAGGUGACCGACUGUGCGUCCCAUCCACACGGCUUGGUCUUCUCAUGCACAUGACCUGGACCUGUACUUGUUGGCUCAGUGCAGCUACGGUACCUGGCGCCGCAGGGUGGAUUCGCUCGCUGACAGACCCAACUGUUGCACUCAUAAAAAAGCGAGCUUUUAUUAGGCGCGCAGAAUUUGAGUUAGCUCUGGGGCGAAGCGUGCAACCUGACUGGUUUGUGCGGUUACACACGCUCAUCAUGCUGCAUUUUUAUGCGUCCGUGUUUGGCGCAGAGUUGGAUGAAAAACUUGUGUUGGCCCUUGUAUAUUUGGAUGCUGCAGAGCAAACGCAUCUGCCGUAUAUGGCACAGCGAGGCGCUCAGGUGUGGCACAGCACGGGUGCUCGGCUCGUUGAUGCAUCAUCUUCGUCGGACCCAGGGCAAGAACAAAACAGACGCAUGCUUUCAGAACUUUUCAGUGUGCCGAUAUGUCAUGUGAACGCGUAUGCACGAACGGCUUCUUGCGGCAAUGAGAGUAGCGAGAACACACGUCGAGACGAGGAUUCUGAAUGUGGCCAUGUAAGUGUGUCGCCGCUUGCCAAUAUGGUCGAUGCACUGCGGCACGAGGCGCUCCUGUCGUUUUGGACGACGAUGAUUUCAAGUAUGAUGCGAGCGAGUGAUAGCGUCGUAUCCGCCCCGAGCGCGCACUCCUGUUCGCACCCUGCUGUCCUAGACAUUGUGCGCGACACGGCAUCGCUGGCGUCUGUUCAGCAGCAGCUCGCAUCUCUAACACGUGACCGUGCCUGCACGAGCAGCAUGACAGUUGAGCAGAUUCUUGUGGCUCAUGGCAUGCUCGAUCUCGCCGCAGGACGCUUGGCACGUGCGCAUGCGUAUGUACGGAUGUUGGGAAGUAAGCCCAUCUCGUUGUCUGCGCGGCAGUUCAUUGCAUUGUGGGCGGAUGCGCCCUUCGUUACAUCUCGCACGCCUGUUGGGCCAGUGGACAUGCUUGCGAGCGUAGCUAUCGGCUGGUUUGCGAUGCAACGGAUGUAUGCGACUCAUAAUGAUGCGAAUGCAACAGAAAAUGCCAAGGCGUGGCAUGAUCGUCGUAGAAAGAGCGCAUCAUCACUUCAUGCACUGGCGUCACAGUGCCUAUGGAUCUUUGUGUCACCCGACAAGAAAGACAAUAGUGAUGGGACAUACGUGCGAGACCUACUGCCGCCCAACCAAGUGCCGUGCCUUGCUCAAGCGCUCGAUUCGCUAAUGGACAACCUGUUGCUUACAUAG